UCUCAAAUGUCUACCAAAUAAGUAGACUUGAAUGAUUGUGGCAAUCAGUUUCAUUCUAAACAUUACUAAAUAAACUACCAUCCGUUUAUCGUUUGAUAUUAUUUAAUUGCCGCAGUACCGUCGCGAUUUGUUGUUUAUAUUUAUUUAUAGGUUCAUUCUUCGGUUUCUUAAUAUUUUAGAUAAGUAUUCUUCAAUAGUUCUUGUAGUACCUCGAGUAGCAAUUAGAAAUGCCGCGCGGUAAAAUAGAACUCGAUGAUGACCAGAAGUUUGCAUUAAUGAAGUUUCGAAGAAGCGUCCACGACAUCUUACAACCCCAACAUGACGAUCAUUAUUUACUUCGAUGGUUGAGAGCUAGAAACUGGAACCCUGAAGCAGCAGAAAAAAUGUUAAGAGAAUCGUAUAUGUUUCGAAAACAAUGGGAAAUAGACUCAAAUUUGUUGACCUGGGACCCUCCUGAAAUUUUGAAGCUAUACCAUCCCAGCGGUACAUCUGGAUGUGAUAAAGAUGGAGCUCCGGUGCUCAUCAUACCGUUUCAAGGAUUUGAUCCCAUAGGAUUUUUGAAUUCAACACCCAAGUUAGAUCUAAUCAAAAUGGCCGGUAAAAUAUUAGAAACGAAUUUAAAAAUGGCAGCGGAAACUGGAGAAAAUCAAUUGGUUGUGAUUUUCGAUAUGGAAGGUUUUGAUAUUAAACAAUAUGCUUCUAGGCCAGCUGCUGAAAUAGCCAUAUCCUUAAUCCAGUUAUAUGAAGCUAAUUAUCCAGAAAUUCUAAAGCAAUGUUUGAUAAUAAAUGCACCAAGAGUGUUUUCAAUAGCUUUUAAUGUAGUGAAACGAUUCAUGCACGGUUAUACUUUAAGUAAGAUACAAAUUUUUAAAAACGAACCUAAAAAAUGGAAGCCCGUACUUUUGUCUAAUAUAAGCCCAGAUAAUUUACCGGAACAUUAUGGGGGAACUCUUCGUGAUCCAGAUGGAAAUCCAAGAUAUACUACCGUAAUCAAGCCCGGAGGCAAAAUUCCAAAAUCGUUUUACAAAAGGAACAUUGAAACAACAGACUUUUCAAAGGAAUAUAUCAGAACUGUACUAAAAAAAGGCAACAAAUUGAUAUUAGACUUUUUAGUUGUCGAAGAAGGAUGUUAUUUGAGGUGGGAUUUCAGGACCGAAGGACACGACAUUAAAUUCGGUAUAACCCUUAAGGACGAAAAUGGAGUGGAAAGUCCUGUGGUCCGAUACAAACGCGUAGCGUCGAAUCAAAUAGACGAAAGCGGAGUCAUAGCGUGCCAGUCACCGGCGACUUACUUUGUCACAUUUGAUAACACAUACAGCAUAUUCAGGAAUAAAAAACUGGUCUACAGAGUAUGGGUCACCCCUCCGAUAGAAAAACUAAACAUAAUUCCAACGGAAUAUGAUUUAAAGGAGUUGAAAUCAUCACUAGAAGAGGAAUUGAUUGCUUCACAGGCUAAAUCAGCGGGAGUGAGCAAUGGAAACGUAGUGAUAUCAGAAUCUUCGAAUAUGUGAAUAAAAAAAUUGACACUAGCAAAUUACUAAAUUAAUUUUUUCAAUUAAAUACUGAAAAAUAGGUAAAAUAUUUUUUCUGAUCCCGUUAUGAUUGAAUUAUUUUUUUUUGUGGUAAUCAUUAGAUAUUGGUAUCGCACAUUUAAAACAAUAGUGAUACUAUAGAGUCCGUUUUUUUAAAUUAUUAUUUUGUCUUUUUACUUUUCUGAUUAGCACAUAAAUUAAAUCUGUAUUAAAUAGUUCAAUUAGUAACAAAAGAAUUGUUUUGAGUAGUAUUUUAUAAUAGUGUCUAAACUUUGUAGGACAAAAUAAUAUUAAAAGUUAACAAUGUUCUCUUGUAAAUUGUUCAUUUUUGUAAAAGUGUUACUUUUGUUUACAAGGUGAGAUAUAUUUAAUUUUUUUAUAAAAUAUGCUUUGUUUCCAACGCUUGUUUUGCACCAUUUUUAGGAAAAAAUAUUAAUUUUAGCGACUGCCCAAAUUUUGGGUGUUUCAAUUUAGAAAGUUUCUAAAUCCAAUGAUGUAAUCAAACUUAAAAAAAAUCGUUUUUGAUAUGGAAAAAAACUUAUGUCUUAAAAAAUUAGUCAAUGUAUGCAAAUUUGUAUCAGGGCAGGUAUACUUUUUUAAUGAUAUGCAUGAUAAAAAAAUAUUUUUGAAAUAUGUUUUUAAAAGGUGGGUCACCUUGUAGAUAAUAAAGCGGAACAAAAUUACAAUUACAACUGCAGGGAUAUCAGUUGUAGCUAAAAAUAUAUUCGAGUUAUCAAACUUUAGAUAGAAGUAGGUAGAUAUAGGUAUAGCACUGGCAACAAAAUUCAAAUCUGGUUGUAACUUUAUUAUUGGUUGUUAUGGAUAAUACGCAUCAGAAAUUGAACACUUUGCUGAAUUUUAUCAACUUUUGGGAAACAAGAAAAGAACGUGUAAUAAAAAUUGUCGCUUGUUUUUUACAAAAAUAAUGCUAAUCAAAUGGUGACAUACUUACAUGUAACUUAUACAUUUUCUUGCUACUAUAUUAUCUUUGUUUGAAAGAAAAAAUGGAUAUCAACGUUUAUAACAGUUAUUUUUGCCCGAUCUACUGUUAUAACUUACUAAGGGUGAUUACCAAUUUUACCUAAAAUGUAUAU